AUGCAGCUUUUAGCCGACAACUUUGUUACUCCUAAUGACAUCUUCUUCAUUCGAAAUCAUCUUCCUGUUCCAGACAUUGAUGCGAAUACAUACGAGUUGGAGAUCACUGGUGAAGGAGUCAAAACAAUCAAGCUUUCUCUUGAGGUAGGUGAAGUUCCUUUGCUCAAAAGGGGUUUGAGCCGAGGUGAAUAAUAAUAAUAAUAAUAAUAAUAAUAAUAAUAAUAAUGAUAAUAAUAUUUAUUAUUUGGUAUUGCACAAAUUAUCAAAUGAUCAAAUGCGCAUUACAAACUAUUAAAGCUAACUAAAAAUAUAUUAAUUAUCGAAUUAAACAUGAAUAUAUCCGUAAAUGAUACCUAACUUAAUUAUUUAGUACUUAACCUAUUACUUACAAUAAUUAUAACUAAAAGAAAUAAUAUAUGUUUCAUUAAAAUUGAUAAAGAAAAAAAGAGAGAGCAAAAUUAAUAUACACCUAUGUACAAUUAAAAAUUGUAUGCAAGUUUAAAAUAAUAAGUCUUUAGCUGUUUCUUAAAAGCAUAAUAGUUGCCCUGUUUCCUAAUGUCCUUCGGUAAAAUCUUCCAGAUUCUAGGGGCGGCUACUUUGAAAGUCCUGUCUCUAAGUGUCUUCUUUGAUCGUACACUAUAAUCCUCGAGUAACAUCUCCCCGUCCGAUCUAAGAUUGGAUUGAUGAACCCCUGGACGCAACCUAUUCGAAAAGAAUAAAAAAAUCCUCGGCAAUUUCAAUGUGGCUCAGAAUUACUUAAAGCUACGUUACGGCGGGGCAGUAAAAACGUGCAACCUGUUUUGCAACAUUGCUACAAAACGAGUUGAAAAGUAAUGUUGCGUGUUUUAUCAGUCGCGUUCAAACUUGUCUUGCAGCAAAUAAGGUAGUUGCAAGUCGCGUGAAUACUGUCUUCUAGUUGGAUUAAAUUACGCGUACCUGCGCAACAUGAGUACAGAUUUUGUUGCAAAAAGUAGAAAUACUCACUCCUUUCUGCAAUAAUUUUUCGCAACCUACUGCAACCUGAUUUGUUGCAAGACUGGUUUGGUUCGUGGGUGGUAAAACGCGCAUCAUCGCUUUUCGUUGCAGGUUUUUGUUGCACGUUUUACCGUACCUUAACUCCUUUGCAAAUCGGGUGAUAUGACCUUACUCGGCAACGGCGAAAACAAAACCAAAAAUAAACUCCCACGAAACGAAAAAAAAAACUUGGAAAAAUGAUAACGCGACAGCGAGCAACAAGGUUAAAACAGGUCUUUUGACUUCAUCUGCGCUUGCCUACUGCCUCCAGUACGAGCACGCUUAAGUUGUGAGACGCUUGGGUAAAAGAAAAAAAAAACAUUUAUAAAUGGACUAAUUUACGUUACUUUAGUCGUUGAAAUUGACUUGAGCCGACAAAACCUCGCCACGUUCUUCUCACCGGUUCGCGUUCCGCAGAUUUUCCACGAACCAGCAGGCUCUUUCUUUACUUAAAACAAUAUCUAAAUCCAGUAUAUCAGACAAUUCCUUGCAAGGAAACAUACUUUUUUAUUGAUAUUUCAGGAGCUCAAAGGCAAGUUUCCAAAACACACAGUGAUGUCAACUAUUCAGUGCGCAGGAAGCAGACGCAGUGAAAUGAAUGAAAUUAAGAAAGUCAAAGGACUGGACUGGGGGGCAGCUGCUAUAAGCACUGCUGAGUGGUCUGGAGCGCGUUUGAUAGAUGUACUCAGGUAUUGUGUUUACUGUAUUCACCUUUAUACACCAUACACAUAAUCCUUGAUUAGCACAGUCGGCUAGUGCGCGGCUCCCGUGCGGGAGGCCCCGAGUUUGAUUCCAAACUCACUUUGGUCUUUCAAUGAGUAUUUUAAACUUACAACUCCUGUUCAUCCCUAUACAGCGCGCCAAUCAUGUGCUGGGAAUCUUUAUGAAGCCUCUGUCAAUACCACCCAAUAUGGCUCCAGGUUCCUAAGUUCACUGGUUCACGCCUAAUUCCCCCCCCCCCCCCCCCCAACAAAUAUAACUAAUUUACAAUCUCUUAAGCUAUUUUGUAAAGAAAAAAAAAAUCUCUAUUCUUAAUUGUUAUUCUAGUUAACAAUAUAUCUGCCUUUAAUAGCAGUAUAGGGUGUGUAAAUACCUUUCCUAGAUUAAAGUAAUAUUCUUUGAUUUUAUGUGUAAUUGUAUUUUUGGGGGUCAUCCACUAAAUUAGCUUUAUUAUACUUGGAUGAUCCCCACUCGCUUCCUAUUUAGAUGCUACAUUUUUGUCCUUACUAGUAUAAUCGUAUUCUUAUGCUGUCUUCGUUAAUUCAAUCUGUGUCAUGUAUAAAACCGAGCUGAGCGGAAAAAAACCUUCUUGUCUGAAAUCGUUGUUUGCUUUCCAUGAAGCUUUAAGUAGCUUUAAAUCCCCGAAAAGGAGCACUGAUGGAGGGGGGGAGGCGGGGGGGGGGGGGGGGGUAAAAGGGGCGCACCGGGGUGCCAUGUUUGUAAGUCUAAUGAGUGGUUUUACGAGUUACCGGCGUGAAAUAAGGACCUUUGCCAAAUUUAUUGAAUAGUUUUUUUUUUCUUUCAUGGCGUCAAUAUUAUGUUUUAACGGAAAAUUUUUUUAAAUAAAAAAAUCCUCGGCAAUUUCAAUGUGGCUCAGAAUUACUUAAAGCUACGUUACGGCGGGGCAGUAAAAACGUGGAACUUGUUUUGCAACAUUGCUAGAAAACGAGUUGAAAAGUAUUGUUGCGCGUUUUAUCAGUCGCGUUCAAACUUGUCUUGCAGCAAAUAAGGUAGUUGCAAGUUGCGUGAAUACUGACUUCUAGUUGGAUUAAAUUACGUGUGCCUGCGCAACAUGAGUACAGAUUUUGUAGCAAAAAGUAGAAAUACUCACUACUUUCUGCAAUAAAUUUUCGCAACCUACUGCAACCUGAUGUGUUGCAAGACAGGUUUGGUUCGUCGGUGGUAAAGCACGCAUCAUCGCUAUUCGACUCGUUUUGCAGCAGUGUCAAAAACAAGUUGCACGUUUUUGUUGCGCGUUUUACCGCAGCUUAAGUCCUUUACAAAUCGGGUGACAUGACCUUACUCGACGACGGCGAAAACAAUUAAAAAACUCCCACGAAAAGAAAAAAAAUAAAAAAACUUGAAAACUGUUAACGCGAAGCCGAGCAACAAGGUUGAAACGCUUUUUUUGACUUCAGUACGAGCACGCCCAAGUUGUGAGACGUUUGAGUAAAAGAAAAAAAAUACGUUUAUAAAUGGACCAAUUUGCGUAACUUUAGUCGUUAAAACUGACUUGAGGCGGCAAAACCUCGCCCCAUUCUUCUCACUAGCUCGCGCUCCGCAAAUUUUCCACGAGCCUGCAGGCUCUUUCUUUACCUAAAACAAUAUUUAAAUCUAAUACACCAAACAAUUCCUUGCAAGGAAACAUACUUUUUUUUUGAUAUUCAGGAGCUCAAAAGCAAGUUUCCAAAACACACAGUGAUGUCAACCAUUCAGUGCGCAGGAAGCAGACGCAGUGAAAUGAAUCAAAUCAAGAAGGUCAAAGGACUGGACUGGGGGGCAGCUGCUAUAAGCACUGCUGAGUGGUCUGGAGCGCGUUUGAUAGAUGUACUCAGGUAUUGUGUUGACUCCAUUCACCUUUAUACACCAUACACAUAAUCCUUGAUUAGCACAGUCGGCCAGUGCGCGGCUCGUUCGGGAGGCCCCGAGUUCGAUUCCAAACUCACUUUGGUCUUUCAAUGAGUAUUUUAAACGUACAACUUCUGUUCAUCCCUAUCCAACGCGCCAAUCAUGUUCUGGAAGUCUUUUUCAAGCCUCUGUCAAUACCACCCAAUAUGGCUUCAGGUUCCUAAAUUCAUUGGUUCUCGCUUGGAAUUCCCCGCAACAAAUAUAACUAAUUUACAGUCUCUUAAGCUAUUUUGUAAAGCCCUAAAAGCCUCUAUGCUUAAUUGUUAUUCUAAUUAAAAAUUUAUCUGCCGUUAAUAGCAGUAUAGGCUGUAUAAAUACCUUUUUAAUUUUUUUUGAGGUGGGGAGGGGUUGUCAUCCACUAGAUUAGCUUUUGAUAUUUGGAUGAUCCCAACUCGCUUCCUAUUUAAAGGCUACAUUUUUGGUUUCCUAAGAAAUUCGUAUUCAUAUGUCUUCGCUAAUUCAACCUGUGUCAUGUGUAAAACCAAGCUGAGUGUAAAAAACCUUCUCGUCUGAAAUCGUUGUUUCCUUUCCAUUAAGCUUUAAGUAGCGUUAAAUACCCGAAACGGAGCACUGAGAGGGAGGGGGAGGGGGCUAAAAUGAACGCACCGUGGGUGCUAGGUUUGUUAGUCUAAUGAGUGCUGUUACGAGUUACCGUCGUGAAAUAAGGACCUUCGCUAAAUUCAGUUAAUAAUGAUCUUUUCUCUUCAUGUACUCAAUAAAAUGUUUCAAGGUGAAAGUUCUAUUGAAUUCUGUGUGCAGGUCCAAUCAAGGCAACGGGGGCUAGUCAUGAUCAUUUUAAUGAAUAUUUUACCAAAAUCAACCCAAGGGUGGGUGGCUGAAUGCAUCAGAUGCAUAGAAAGAGCGUCCCCAGUAUGGUCCUUCAAUCUCGUCCUCCCGAUCCAAAUUUUAACUCAAUCCCAUAAUCCCGUUGGUUAGUUUGGUCCCCCAGUGUCCCAGUUUUUACGAGUUCAUUACCGAAGUUGACAGAAAUUUCUGUUUUAAAACUAUAGGUAUAUCUGUGGUCUACAAUUGACUUAUUUCGCUAUCAGAAUCUAAAACCAUCGGAAUAUAGAAUGUCUUCCUCUUCCUGCAGUAAUUUCAUAACCUCUUACCAAAUUUUUAAUAUCUCGCUUAUUUUAUAAACUUUCCCUUUUGAUAGGAAAAUUGCCUUAGUUGCCCGUUCUCCCUAAUAAAAAAGUCCCCAAAACGUGUGUAUUGGACAACGAGAGUACUUAUACCGUUUAUUUGGGAAAACCGGAAAUUCCGGUUAGAAAUUCAAAUGGCAAGCACCCUAAUUAUAGACCAAUUUCUAUUCUUCCGGGUAUAAUAAAGGUACAUGAAAUUAAUUGUUAUUGUAAUUGUAAUUUGUUUACCCACGGAGCACUUAGGAGUUCUUAAGAACUCGUUGAAACGUAUCCGUGCGUUCCAGAUCGAAUUGGAAUUUGAAAGUGUUCGUUUUUAACCUUGGAUAGGCGAAAACCCGAGUACCCUGAGAAAAACCUCUCGGAACCAGGGAGAGAACCAACAAAAAACUCAACCCACAUAUAAAAGAAUCUUAGGAAUUCUAUGAAAACCAGCUUUAAAAUAGAACCAAAAUCCACGCGCAAUCUCUGUGAUCGCAUCGUUCAGUAGUUUCUUUCAUUUGAUCAUUCAGAUCCUUGACAUGGAAACCACGCUGUCUAUCGCUGCAUAGUGAGAAGCACUAAAUGUUUGCGGAUUUUGCACACAACAGCAAUUUCAUGGCAUAUUUUAGUUUUAAAUGUUUUUCCUCCUGUAUUCUGAUUACAUAUGUCGUACAUCCAGUCAAUACUAAAGUGUUCCAUUACCAAUUGAAAAAAAUCUUUUACGUUUGUGGUAGUCUCUUAGAAGGGGGAAGAAUUUUAGAAACUUAAUUUUUGUCGAUCAUUAGAUACGCUGGCCUCGACGAAAAAGGAAUUGAACACAUACAGUUUGAGGGUGCUGACCACGACAUCACAGGCUCAACAUACGGUGCCUCCAUCCCAGUCUACACCGCGCUAGCAGCUGACAGAGAUGUUCUUGUCGCCUAUGAAAUGAACGGGGAUCCCAUCCCGCGGGAUCACGGAUUCCCCGUCAGACUUGUUGCUCCAGGAAUAGUGGGCGCUCGUAACGUGAAAUGGCUGAAGAAAAUUGUCCCAAGUAAAGAAGAAUGCACCGGACAUUGGCAGAAAAAUGAUUACAAGGGAUUUUCGCCCUGCGUUGAUUGGGAUACCGUUGAUUUCACCACGGCUCCUGCUAUUCAAGAUCUACCAGUAACAUCGGCAAUCUGUGAACCAGCCGAGGGUGCUGUCAUCUCCGCAGAUGAUGAAGAAAUAUCACUCAAGGGCUACGCGUGGAGCGGAGGUGGGCGGGGCAUCGUGCGAGUUGACGUCUCCCUCGACGGCGGCAAAACUUGGCAGGUAGCAAACCUCAUAGGCGAUAAUAAGAUUAACCGCGCGUGGGCCUGGAAACUAUGGCAAGCAACUCUACCUUUGCCGGAAGGGAAGGACUCGCUUGAGAUUUGUGUCAAAGCUAUCGAUUCAUCGUAUAAUUCACAGCCUGACAGCGUAGCUCCCAUUUGGAACUUGCGUGGUGUACUGUCAAAUGCUUGGCACCGCGUUAAUGUUAAAGUGAAACGUGAUUAG